ACCCUUCUCGGCUCUUCGGCUACGAUGUUUUGGAUGGUGUCGCUAAACCUCAACAUGACAUUGUGACUUGAAACACUGACAACCAAGUAAAACAAACCGAGCUUCAGGUUCUCUCAAACAAGGAAGAUCUCUUUCCACCAGUUUUCCCUCCUCUUUUGCGCUUCAUAUUGAGGCAGGAAAAGGGUGAUAGACUCACGUGAUUGUUCUUCAUCAACACCUCCAGGUGGAUCGCACCGGUUACUAGCGGCCAUGACAGUGUGGAGAGAGCUCCGUUUAUCGGGGGAAGCUUGAGAGCUUGAAAAGUGCAAUGGAUCUGUGACUACAGAACUAAUUUUUCCAUUGUCGCUCAGCUUUCAAAAACUUCAAAAAUAUUCAUAUCUCGACAUCUGGCUCCAUUCCAAGACCGUCCCUCAUCUUAGUUGCCGCCAUUGACUGCCGGCUAAAGAAAGCCAUCCAUCCAUCGGCCAUUCUCUUGAAUACUUAUCCCCGGCCGGCCCUCCCCCACACUUCAUGCUCGGGAAGCACAGCGAGCGCAAACGCCAAUCUUUGACUUCGACGGACGGCAAAUCGAGUUCCUAUCACAAACUUACUUACAUCCACACAGCACACUAACUGACUAAAGCACGACCGACCGAGUAACCGCAGACCGCUCCCGAUUUUUUCCCUCCGUCCUCCCUCCCUACAUCAUGAAUGCCUCAAGGACCUCCCUCUCUCGCAGCCUCUGCAGCCUCUCUCGCUCCUCACGAAACCCUCACUUCUCGGCAGCAACAGCAUCCCCCGCACUCUAUACACCCGCACGCUUUGGAUCCGCCUUUGUGCAAACGCGCAACAUGGCCAGCUUCAAGAAGAUCAAGGUCAAGAACCCAGUGGUGGAGCUGGACGGCGACGAGAUGACCCGUAUCAUCUGGAAGGACAUCAAGGACAAGUUCAUCCACCCGUACCUGGACAUCGACCUGAAGUACUACGAUCUGGGCCUGGAAUACAGAGACGAGACGAAUGACCAGGUUACGAUUGACUCGGCGGAGGCGAUCAAGAAGUACUCCGUAGGAGUCAAAUGCGCAACUAUCACGCCCGACGAGGCAAGAGUCAAGGAGUUCAACCUUAAACAGAUGUGGCUAUCUCCCAAUGGCACGAUCCGCAACGCGCUGGGCGGAACAGUCUUCAGAGAACCCAUCGUCAUCCCACGUAUCCCCCGCCUCGUGCCUGGCUGGAAGAAGCCCAUUAUCAUCGGUCGCCACGCCUUUGGCGACCAAUACCGUGCCAAGGACCUCGUCGUGAAGGGCAAUGGAACACUCAAAAUGGUCUUCACUCCGGAGGGAGGCAAGCCCGAGGAAGUCGAAGUCUACGAAUUCAAGAAUGGCGGUGGAGUUGCGCAGACACAAUAUAACACCGACGAGAGCAUUGCUGGGUUCGCACACGCCAGUUUUAAGCUUGCUAUCGCAAAGGGCUUGCCUCUGUAUAUGAGCACCAAGAACACCAUCCUGAAGAAGUAUGAUGGCAGGUUCAAGGAUAUCUUUGAGGAGAUCUACGAGACGACAUACAAGAAGGAGUUUGAGGCCAAGAAGAUCUGGUACGAGCACAGACUUAUUGACGAUAUGGUUGCCCAGAUGAUGAAGAGCUCAGGAGGUUACAUUAUGGCUUUGAAGAACUACGACGGUGACGUCCAAUCCGACAUCGUCGCCCAAGGCUUCGGCUCCCUCGGCCUCAUGACCAGCGUGCUCAUCACCCCCGACGGUAAAACAUUCGAAUCCGAAGCCGCGCACGGCACCGUCACCCGCCACUACCGCGAGCACCAAAAGGGCAACGAGACAUCCACCAACCCCAUCGCCUCUAUCUUCGCCUGGACUCGCGGUCUCGUCCAGCGCGGAACUCUGGACGAGACGCCAGAGGUCGUGGCGUUUGCGGAGAGUCUGGAGAAGGCGUGUAUCGAUACCGUUGAUAUCGAUGGUAUUAUGACGAAGGAUUUGGCGUUGGCGUGUGGAAAGACGGGGAGAGAGGAUUAUGUUACUACGACCGAGUAUAUGAAUGCGGUUGAGAGGAGGAUGAAGAGCCUGUUGAAGCAGAAGUUGUAG